AUGUCUUCCUCUUCCUCCUCAGAAAGACCAUCAGGAUUAAUUGCCAAGUCCGGCAUAGAACUUCUAACCUGGGGUACUCCCAAUGGUCAUAAAGCAACAAUCCUGCUCGAAGAACUCAAGGAAGCUUAUGGCAAAGAUUACGUCUAUCAGGCAAUCAACAUCUCGGAGAAUAUUCAAAAAGAACCCUGGUUUACAAAGGUCUGCCCUAAUGGUCGGAUUCCGGCCCUGGUCGAUCAUGAUCGAAACGAUUUUGCCGUUUUUGAGGGUGCAGCUAUCUUGGCUUAUAUGACGCGUCAUUAUGAUCCGGAAUAUAAAUUCAGUUUUGAGGAUCCGGAUGAUGUUAGUUGUGCUGAACAAUGGAUUGCUUUCCAACACGGUGGUUUAGGUCCAAUGCAGGGUCAGGCAAAUCAUUUCUACCGACUCGCCAAAGAACGCAUUCCAUACCCCACCCAGCGCUACGUAGGAGAAAGCGAGCGAUUAUACGGAGUUCUCGACAACCACUUAAAAACCCGUGACUACAUCGUCGGACCAGGAAAAGGCAAAUACAGCAUAGCGGAUAUAGCGAAUUUCAGCUGGGUCAACGUCUCCUACUUUGCCGGCGUCGAUCUAACGCAAUUCCCGCAUUUGGAAAAGUGGUGGGAGAGGGUGGAUGCUAGAGCGGCGGUCAAGAAGGGCACGAUGGUUCCGAGUGUAAGUAAAAUCACAAAUGUGGGGUAUAAGCGUAGAUUGGAGGAGGAACCGGAGUUUAAGGUGGAUGAGGAUAGGUUGAGGGAGUUGGGGAAUAAGGCGAAGGAAUUGUAUGGGUAUAAGUAUACUUCUCCAUAG